AUGAAUGCAAAGCAAACUGUGGAGCAGGUUCAGCAAGUGCAAAGCAAAAGUAAAGGGAUGAUCAGGCAACUUUACUGUCACAUGAAAGAAGAUCAACAAAGGCCAGUAUGGAAUUGUCUUAUCUUCAACAAUGCAGCAAGACCAAAAGCUUACUUUACAAUGUGGAUCAUGAUGAAUCAAAGGCUAGUAACAGUGGACAGAUUGGCUCAGUGGGGAGUUGUAGUAGAUAAGACAUGUGUGUUAUGCAAGAAUGUUGAUGAGAAUGCAGAACAUCUGUUUAUGCAAUGCAACUUGGCCAGGAGACUGUGGGGGAGGUUGUUAAGCUGGAUAGAGCAACAAAGUAAUGUUCCAAUGACAUGGGAGCAGUUUCUGCAGUGGUGUAUUCAACAAGGAAAAGGGAAGAGCUCAGCAGCACAAGUGUUCAAGAUUAUAUUGACUGAAGGUAUCUAUGGAUUGUGGAUGGAGAGAAAUAGUAGAAUUUUUGAGCACAAGAGCAAAAAUGAGGAUCACAUAGUUAAAGAGAUAGCCUAUGUAACUAUUGUUAGAACUCCUUCUAGAAUGAAGGAAAUUGUAAGUCAAUGGACAUUUAAGCAAUAG